AUGGAUCUGAGCCGCCUGGGAACCAGGAAGUCGUUCAUCUCUCAGUCGGGUGUGGCUGAGCUUUUGGAUGAAUUGAAAAAGGCAGAGUGCCUGCCAACAACUACAUCACGAAAUUCCAUCAAGCGUGCUCGACUGGAUGUGAUUGAUGUUUCCACCCCAUACGGCAAAAUGGUACGAGAAUGGCAGGUUGAUGGGACAGAAGGGAAGAAGGUGACAAUUCAUUAUGUUCACCCAGCAGCUCAUUUGUGGUACAUGGUUCACAAUUGUGAGCCAUUCAGUGCCUUCAUGGAAGAGCUCCUGAGGGACACACCAAGCUCACCUCAGCAAAAAUACCAGAUCGUACUGUAUGCCGACGAAGUUUCACCUGGAAACCAACUUAAGACCGACAACCGCCGGAAGUGCUAUGUGUACUAUUGGGCACUGCUCGAAUAUGGAGCCAAGCUGUCAUCAGAAACCCACUGGUUUUGCCUCUGCAUCAUUCGCAGCAACAUUGUGAAGAAGCAGGUCCAGGAAGGGGUGGCGGCUUUGACGAGGGAGGCCUUCAGGUCGUUUUUUGAGGCUGGUGCUGAUUUUAGGCACGGUCUUCAGCUCUCGUUUGCGUCUGGGAACGCUGGCUUUCUCUGCGCGGAGGCAGGUCUUUGCGUCAGUGAUGAAGGAGCACUGAAAGAGAUGUUUUCAGUCAAGGGGGCUGCUGGGACCCUGCUGUGCUUGCUGUGUCGGACGACGGUGUCCCUCGGGUCUGACCUGCAUCACAAUGCUGAGCAGCUAGUAGCGCACACGGAGACUGAUUACAGUAAAUGGCGCCUGCACUCAGAUGCCUCGUUGCUUGCGAACAUGCGACAUUUGGUUGGGCAGGAGUCGGUGCAGAAUAAGGGGCAGUUCAAGGCUCUCCAGCAGAGGUUGGGUCUUAAUGUGUCGCAUCUGGGUAUGCUGAACACAGACACGAACGCCGCCUUUGGUUUUCCCAUUACAAAGGGCAUUAUGUACGACUGGAUGCAUUGUUAUGUUGUCUCCGGCCUGUAUCACAUUGAGGA